UGGACAGCAGUAUUUCUCGCUGUAUUUUCCAGCCUAGACGGGCUAUUGACCAGAGAUUCGCACUUCUCCUGCAGUGCAGCUCUUCAUUACAACCAGAUGCUCUCCGCCGGACCGGACCCGUUCAGUUUCAUGACGUCCAGCCCGACCGGAGCCUGAGCCGAAGGAUGCAGGUUAAAAACCAGAUCUGCACCGAGCGGAGCAGCACCACCGACGACCCGGAGCAGGAUGACAACCAGAAGAAAACCUCGUGUUUCUCCAACAUUAAGAUCUUCCUGGUGUCGGAAUGUGCGCUCAUGCUGGCACAGGGCACCGUGGGAGCGUAUCUGGUAAGUGUCUUGACCACUCUCGAGAGACUCAACCUCCAGAGUGCCGAUGUGGGCGUCAUCGCCAGCAGCUUUGAAAUCGGCAACCUGGCCCUCAUUUUGUUUGUCAGCUACUUUGGCGCCAAAGCCCACAGACCACGCCUGAUUGGCUGUGGAGGGAUUGUAAUGGCGUUGGGGGCACUGCUGUCAGCUUUGCCGGAGUUUCUUACUCAUCAGUACGAGUACGAGGCCGGGGACUCAUGGCCUGCUGAGGACGGCAGGGACGUCUGCUCAAACAUCACCAGAUCAGAAAAUCGAGACUCUGGGUUUAAAUGUGGCAACAGAGCCAACACCAACAUGAUGUAUCUUCUGCUAAUCGGAGCCCAAGUUCUCCUGGGCAUCGGAGCCACACCAGUCCAGCCUCUUGGAGUGUCCUACAUAGACGACCAUGUCCACAGGAAGGACUCCUCGCUGUAUAUAGGUAUUUUAUUUUCAACAUUAGUGUUUGGGCCGGCCUGUGGCUUCAUCUUAGGUUCUGUUUGUACCAAAGUCUAUGUUGAUGCCGUCUUCAUCGACACCAGUAAGCUGGACAUCACCCCGGAUGACCCUCGCUGGAUCGGGGCGUGGUGGGGCGGCUUCCUCCUCUGCGGUGCCUUACUCUUUCUGUCGGCCCUCUUCAUGUUUGGGUUCCCCCAGGCCCUGGAUGAGCAGGACAUGGAUGGAGGAGGGGAGAGUGAGCAGGCCAUGCUACCUUCUUCCCUAUCCAUGGAGUACCAGGGCUCAAAACCCAACGGGGCUUUUUAUGGCUUUGACAUAAACAGCGGACUCUCAGUUUGUGAGCAUCUGAGAGUAAUCCCGAGGGUAACCAGGCACCUCCUCUCUAACCCGGUGUUCAGCUGCAUCACGCUGGCAGCCUGCAUGGAGAUCGCUGUGGUUGCUGGCUUUGCUGCCUUCCUGGGAAAAUACCUGGAACAGCAGUUCAACCUUACCACCUCUUCAGCCAAUCAGCUGCUAGGUAUGACAGCGAUCCCCUGUGCCUGUCUGGGGAUCUUCCUCGGGGGUCUGCUGGUGAAGAAGCUGAACCUGUCAGCCCUUGGCGCUGUCCGUAUGGCGAUGCUGGUUAACCUGGUGUCCACCGCCUGCUACGUCUCCUUUCUCUUCCUGGGCUGUGACACCGGGCCUGUGGCCGGGGUGACGGUCGCCUACAGCAAUGAGACAUUGCAGUCUUGGCAGCGGCCUGAGUCAGCGUGCAUCAAUAACUGUAACUGCUACACAGCGUCAGUGAGUCCUGUCUGUGGAUCUAAUGGAGUCACCUACCUCUCAGCCUGCUUUGCUGGCUGCACCAAACCAAACCUGACCAGCUGCACGUGUAUAUCCAGCACCACUGAAGAUGCCGUGGCUUUACCGGGGAAGUGUCCGAGUCCAGGCUGUCAGCAGGCCUUCCUCACCUUCCUCUGUGUGAUCUGUGUGUGCAGCAUGAUCGGAGCCAUGGCCCAGACUCCCUCUGUCAUCAUCCUCAUCAGAACUGUGAGUCCAGAGCUGAAAUCGUAUGCUCUUGGUGUUCUCUUUCUACUCCUGAGAUUGAUAGGCUUCAUCCCCCCUCCUCUGAUCUUUGGCAUGGGCAUCGACUCCACCUGUCUGUUCUGGAGCACAGUCUGCGGAGAGAAGGGUGCCUGCAUGCUGUACGACAACGUGGCCUAUAGGCACCUGUACGUCAGCAUUGCCAUCGUCCUCAAGUCAUCUGCCUUUCUCCUGUACGCCACCACGUGGCAGUGUUUGAGGAAGAACUACAAGAAGUACAUCAAGAACAACGAGGGUUACCUCACACCUACCGAACUCUUUGCCUCCAAUGUGACUCUGGACAAUUUGGGCAAAGAGAUCACCCAGAACCCAGCCAACAGGACAAAGUUCAUUUACAACCUGGAGGACCACGAGAUGUGUGACAACAUGGAGUCUGUUUUAUAGUGGAGACUGCAGACUGGAGCAGAGGCUGUUAACGUGAGACUGAUCUUGUGUUUCUCUGGUAUCAGUUUAGAAGAAUGUUCCUGGUGAGGAUCUUAUUUUCUUCAAAUCUAAAACAUCAAACAAAUCAAAACAAAUGAUGCCGAAAUGCUUCUGUAUCAACAUUGCACUUUUUAUUUUUUCACCAAAAUACGGAUGAUCUCGUCCUUUUUUGUCAAACAAAAUCAUAAUCUCAUAUACAAAAUUUUCUUUGACAGCAGAAUAGAGACUGACAGCAAACACGAGGAAAGAAAUUAGGAGUGACAUGCAACAAAUAUCCCUGCAAAAUCUGAACCAGACACUUACACACAGAGAACAAUCUUUAGUUUGAAACUGCACUUAAACCAGGUUUAGAUUUAUAAUGAGACUAGAGUUUUUUAAGGAGUAGAAUUUGGACAUUUUUGUUAUUCGUCAGCUUCAUUAGACAGUUAUUUUCCUUCAGAAGGAAGCUCUUCUCAGGUCCAGAUAUCAGACAGAAAGGUUAGCUGUUCACUGUGAGAUGAGACAUAUUUGAACUCAAGGGGGGAGCAGUUUCCAAACAUACACAGCAUACUGGCGUAACCUUGAGGCAACACUCAGAUUUAUUUAUUACUGUGUUCCGUCUCUCAGAUUUUUAAGUUUAACUAUACUUAUAUGGAAAAAGAAACAGUGUUUAUCUACUACGUGGCCAAUGAGGCAGUUACCCAGAACAGGAAAAAUCCCAGUGAUUGAGAAAAAUAAACCCAGAAAAAAGUGAAUGGAAACGUAUUAGAGCCACAACCUGGCGUCUUUAUUUAGUGGCUUUUAAACCCUGUGAGUAUCACAGAAACAAAAUUUACAAUAAUAAAACACAACUAUCAUCGCCUCUGACAGAUAACAAACCAACAUUAUUUAAACCCGUAACUUUAUUAAUCUAAACCCAAAUGACCCUAACUCUAUUAACAGGAAGUGGGACAUUAAUAUGUUGUACAACCCUAUCAUCAAAAAGUUGAGGUACUGUAUGUUGAUAAAAAUAGAAUUUGGUUUGAAAAGAAUUUAAAGCUUGUUUUUAAUUGAAAAUACUGCAAACUGCAAAGACAACACAUCAUUUUUUUUGUUUGUUUUAUGAAAAACAUAUGCUCAAUUUAAAUUUGAUGCUAGCAAAAUGUUUCAAAAGAUGCUGAGAAAGUUGUUUAAUAUCAUGAAAGAUUCAGAGAUCCAGGAAAAAGCUCUGUAUAAAAGAACAAGGCCAAACACCAAUACUGGAUGGCCAUGAUUCUCAGGCAGCACUGCGUUAUAAACAGACAUAACUCUGUUGUGGAAAUCACUGCAUGGGCUCAAAGUCACUUCCAUAAACCAGAAUUUGUGAACACAGUUUAUCAUUGCAUCCACAAAUGCAGGUUAAAACUGAACCAUGCAAAGAAGAAAUUAUACGUAAACAUGAUCCAGAUAUGCCAGAAAUUAUCACCAGUUCACAGUUAAAAACCAGCAUACCUGUUAAUAUGGGGUGCCCAUGACGUGGGUGGUUUACACAUCUGGAAAGGCACUUUUAAUACUGAAUGAUAUAUACAGGUUUUGUAGCAACAUACAGCCAUCCAGACAAUGCCUUUUUCAGGGGAGACCUUGCAUACCUCAGCAAGACAAUGUCAAACCACACUGCAUGUAUUACAUCAGCACGGCUCCGUAUUAGAACAGUCCAGGUGCUGAACUUGCCCACCUGUAGUCCCAACUUGCUACCUAUUGAAAACAUUUGGCACGUCAUGACAUAAAGAAAAUCAUCUAAGGAGACCCUAACUGUUGAACAGCUUAAAUCCUCUAUCAGGCGGACAACAUUUAACUUUAAAAACUCCAGAAUCUCCCCAGUUCCCUAAUGUUUAAUGUUGUUAAAAGAAAAGUUGAUGCAACACAACAGUGAGCAUGCCCCAGGGCAAACAGUUUGAAACUAUGCUAGCACCAAAUUCAUGAUGAGUAAUAACGUUUUUCAGUUUUAACAUUUAAUAUGUGGUCUUUGCACUAUUUUCAAUUAUAAAUGUGGUUUUAAUAAUGUAGAACAUUCAAAAUUUGUAUUUAUUAGCACUCCAUACAGCAUCCUAACUUUAUUUGGAGUUGGUGUUAUAUUUAAAAAAAAAAAUUAAUCAUAUUAACAGGUUUGCUGUUCAAUAUCUUAAUAAAAUGACCCAGAAAUGAAGUUUACAACGACAUUUUGUAACAGAAACAGAUUUUAUUUAUCCUUUUGCGCUACUAGGAGAAGAGGUUAAUGUGCCUCCUUUGGUGGGUACAAGUCUUAAGUUUGACUUGAUGUUGCAUAUAUAGUUCAGAUUUAGAAAAUAUAAAGUGAGUUUCUUUAUAUCCUUAGGGGUCACUUAUUGAAGGUAGAGGAGUGAUGAGCCAGUGUGUUUUAUUUUGUCCCUUUGCUAUGUCAGAGUGGAGUUUCGCUGUGAAUGCUGAAGGAUUUUCUGAGACUGUUUUUUAGCUUCAGAGCCACAAAACUUUUAUUUUAAUUUUAUUUUAAUGCCAAUUUGUUGAUUUUCAGCCUUUUCUCUUUGAUGUUUUAUAAAAAAAAAAGUAGUGUAACUUCUAGAAACAAAUGUUCUUUAUGAGCAAGGACCCACCAUCAAUGGGAUGCAAUUUGACAAUAAUUCAUUGAGUAUAUUAGAACAAUAAUUCUCAAUUUGAUGUUGAAUUUCUUGCUGCCUUCAAUUUGGGGAAGCUUAUUAGUUGAUAUACUGUAGCUCCCAGACAUGGCAAACCCCCUUAGGGCCCCACAGAUAGAAGAACAGAGGAAAAUACAGAGAAUAUGGUGGGAGGUGGGAGGUGGGAGGUGGGGGUGCAGAGUGUGAGAAUGAAAGGAGUGGAGAGGGAUAGGUUUGAUUCAUGAAAAUGCCUGAAGAGAUAAUAUAGCAUCACUUAUGAAUACAAUGAGUCAGGAUACUGGAGUUAGGUGGCCCACCUCGAAUUAGUUGAUCAAACAUAGGACUGACUCAGUAACUGAACCUGUGACACAUCAGUUACAUGACUAUCCCUUAUAACCACUGAUUUGACCGCACCACCAUCCAAACUCUGCCAGAAACACUCAAGGUGAUGGAUAAUGGAGAUAGAAAUUACUCGGUGGUGUUACUCUACUCUUGGGAACGCUCCCUGCAGCAGCAAUGCAUGGAAAACGUAGCAUCAUGAUAAAUAACAAGCAGGGAACACUCCAAAUAAGACUCUCCAGGGUACAUGUUUGUAUGUAGUAAGGCCAAAGCAGGUGAAAGCUGUGGGGUGGGGGAGGGGCCCUCCACUCAUAGAAUCAGUUACAGCAGACCGAGAGUGUGAAGGCAUCUGAGAAAAACGCCAAGACGAGGCGGCGAGACGUGAUGAUGGUGGUGGGCUAGCUGUCAGCAGACACAGCAUAGCAUGACGCACAGUGUCCAGCCAGAAUUAGUACAUUUAAAAGCAUGCUGGCAAUGCAUGCAAUAAGAACAAAGAAAUAUUCAGGAUGUCAUUAAGCUGCACAGACUAUGUGGUUUAGUGGCCAUGGUAAUUGUUAAAUACAGAUUUAACUGAAAUUUACGACCAUGGAAAAGCUUUAUAAUGCAUACUGCAUUGUGAUGUCGACAAUUUUUAACAAACCUGAGCUGACUCAUAAUCACUCACACUGCAGUGGUUGUCUAAACACAGAUUUUUCUUUUCUUCAAAUACUAUUUAUUUUCAAGGAAUUCUUUGGGAUUCAGAUUUCUGACAUAUCCACUUUAUAGAGAGAAUAUAUUGUUUUUCCUGCCUUACUUUGUAAGAAUUUAAUAUGUUUUGCAUCAAAAAUAUGGCCCUUUUUCUGGCCACUCACCAUGCUAAUAGAUUUCAUCUCUAAAACAUGUUAUUCCUUUUGAUGUUUUCAAUGUUGGGGGGUAAAGGACUAGUUCUACAUUUCAGAAAAUAAGCCUAUUAACUCUCCUGCCAAGAGUUUAAGGGAAAGAUUGAUACCAGUGUCAUGUGUUUAAAAUAAAUAUGAAGCUAUAGCUAAUUGCUGGUUAACUUAGCUUUGCAAAAAGACUAUAAACGCACCCAGUCCUUUUCAAACUAACUGCAGACACAUCUGAGGCUUAUUUACAUUUUUUUCUUGUUUGUUAAUCCAAAAACAAAAUUAAAAUGUCAAAACUGCAGUGACAGCUCCAGGGAGUCACUGUACUCACCAAGACAUAGUCCUGUAGUUAAACCCCUAUAGAAGUAAAACUUGCACUCGCUCUGUUUAGGUUGUCUUAAUUUUAGGGUUAAUCAUCCACACUAAACUAUAUGUUGAAACUAACUUCUUUGCACCAACCAUGGAGAUGUAAGGUAAAUUUUAACCGGUAGAGCGUAACAUCAAAACCAGCCAAAAUACUGUUGCUUAAAAUUACCUUUACACUUUCUGUAGCCAGUCACUGAAACACUCUUUUGUUAAUGAGGUAUUUGUUACAGUGUUGGCUCUCAUGCCUGAGUGCUAAACAAUGAAAACGAUGUGUCAUGACAACAGAGGACUUUACACCAACACAGAGCUAGGUGUAAGAUCUAAGAUGUGACUUUUGCUUAAGUUAGAACAAUCUCAGCUGGUUCAAACCUUAAAAUGUAAAACAGGUAUGAAUUCUGCCUUUAUUACAAAUAACAUUUGAACAAGGCUACGUUUGAGCUUAAGCAUAGCUGGUACGACCCAGUGCAGGUUCUUGUGCAUAUAGGCAAAAAAAUGAGAUGUUGAGUAGAGCUGUUUAACGCCUUAAUCGCUGAUCGAUCAAGGUCCUAAAUGAACUUAUUGUGUUUUCAACCGCAUGCUGACACUUUGGUGAAGGCUCUGCAGUGUAAAGAAAGUUAAUCAUCUGACAGCCUUAGUAUUAAGAAAUGAACCUUGUAUGAUUUUUACAAGCUAACCAGCUGCUUGUUUUAGCUUCAUAUUCACAGACAUGUUGAUGGUAUCGACCAUCUUAUCUCUUGCAAAGAAAGCAUUUGAGGAUAUUUUCUACAAUGUUAGUUUGAGUUACUGAAAAGCUCCUAGCACCCUUUAAGAAGUCCCAUGAUUCAGUUUGGUUUAAUGCUGCCACUUAUGUUUUUGAGUACUUUUUUUGUGCAAAUGGUGGAAGUUAAUUUGGACCUACUCUGAAUAUAUGAUGUAUUUAGCAAAGCCCUUCAUCGACCUCAUAGUAUAAGAUCAAAACAAUACAUUGGUGGUUCUUGAAAACCAUAAAUUAUACUGAUAAUAUAAUACUGAGUGGGGAAGAGGGGCUGUUGUUGGAGAAUAUUGGAAUGGACCUGAAUUCAACACAGAGCCAUGCUAAACCACACCAGACUGAACUAUUGUCUGGUUGGUUUUGAUGUGAACUAACAGAGUUUGAGUACAGAUUCUUAGCAUUUCAUUGAGACUUGAAUUUUCUUAAAAUGAAGAACACGGGGCACUGAUUAAAAUGGACUGUUCCCAGCAGGACAUUCAGGACAGCCGGACGUUGUGCUGGGAUGUACAAACAAUUCAAAACAAAGCUUGAAAACAGGGAGGAGAGCGUUAACUAACAUUACCAGCUCGCCACCAUCUCCUCCUCGGCAUCUGCCAACAGGUGGCGCUGUCUUUGAUAACUGUACCGUCCAGUGUGUCAUAGUGCUCACUCCUCUGUAUAUAAUAGUGCCAUACAAGUGCCAAAGUGACACCAUAGAAGUGUUCUGUGACGUCCUGCAGAGAUCUUUGUCUCAGCACGCUGGAGCUCAGAGCAGAUCCUCCAGCUGUAUGUAGCCUUUCUGUGAUAUCCCUCAACUUACUUUCACCAUAUCAUACAAAAGUGUCCCGAAAACAUAUUGCCUAUAAAAUAUUGUACAUGGGUCUAGAAAAGCAGUAUUAUUUAGGAUGUAAUAACUGUUAAUAUGUAGGACUUUUCUGCUAGUGAAGGUAUUGUCUAAUUUAGAAUAAUCUCUUUCCAUCAGUGGCAGAGCUGAUAACUGUGUGUUGCUUUGGUCCAAAUAAAAUCAAUACUUUGCUUCAAUUAAGUGGCACCAAUGUCAAGCUACAGCCUGACAUUGCACAGUAGAAAAGGUUGACUGUAGAAAAACUUCACUGAUAGCAGUCCUGCACCUGUGCCUGGAUAUUAAGCUCUGAGACUUUCUGACGUUGUGCCAUAUCAACCUGUGCACUGUAACAUUCAACACUCGCGAAGAAGAAGCCAACAUAUAGUAGGUCUGUCCGAUGCUUGACCUUGCAUUCACCUGCGGCGACAGGACUGUUUUGCCUUGUGAUGAGAAAAUACCUUUGAAGCAUAAAUGUUUUUUUUACAUCCUAUUUUUUUCAUUAUUCUCUUUGAUGACCUUGCCUUGUGGUAACAGCAGGUUGACUUUUAUAGCAGAUCUUUAGUGACAGAAGUCGAGACAUAUGAAGAGUUUACUGCCAAAAUACAACACUUAAAGGCAAAAAAAAA